AUGAAAGAAUGUGAUGCAACAUGGUCUUCGUCUUACACUACUGUCUUGUUUCGAGCCUAUUAUGAAGAUAUGUGGUUAGGUGGAAGGGUUCAAAUGAAAAUAUAUGCUCAACAAUGCAAAAAAUGUGGAGAAUAUAUGACCGCUGAAUUUGAAAAAGAACAACUGAAUUCUCUUGCUAAAUGGUUAUAUCGAUGGAUUGCUAGUCAUUUUUAUAACAUUUAUUUCAAUGAUCAUGGUUAUCAAGGGAGAAGAAGGCUUGCAAAACAUCGUGACGAUCUAUGUGAAGCAUGCGAUGCUGGAUGGUGUUAUUAUCUGAAAGUUGAAAACUCCAAAAGAGGAUAA